AUGGAAUUCCUCCCGAGUCCCCUAGCCCAUCGCCCACAGCUCGUGCUCUUGUUGUCAAUAGUUCCCACCCCUAUUGGACUCGACCAGCUCCCUAAGAGCUCCCAGCUCGACGUCGACCACCCCACACCCUUGACCUUGGCAACUUCCAACCGCUAUUCAAUAAUCCCUCUCUUCUCCACAUCUUUGACCACCAUGCGAUACUUUAUUCUCAGUGCACACGGCGGUAUUGGCUACCUGGCAGCCCUGCGUAUACUGGCACAGGACCCUCAAGAUGUCUGCACAUUCUUGGUCCCCUUCAACGAGUCUGAAACCUGGAAGAGUGACCCUCAGCUGAGGUCUUACAUUGCUUCAAAAACUGCCCUGAUUCAGACUGGAGAUGCAAAAAAUGUCGACGACGUUCAGCGUGCGUGGCACGUUGCAGAGAUGGGCAUUGAUAUGCCAGACCAACUUUCCUCACUGAAGAGCACUGGUGCUGAAGAACUCUUGGCAAUACUCAAAUGCUUUCCAGCAUACCCUUAUCCGACAUUCAAAAUGUGCCGCGAAGCCUUUGCAUAUUCAGUCAAGUCCCGUGCAUCAUAUCACCAACAACGCCUUGCGCCAUUGCAGAUGCCUCGUUCACCUUCGUAUUCCUCAAGAUCGCCCCGCUUGAUACUUGUUUCGCCCUCGCGCUCGUUGAAGCGUUUGCAUUCUUCUGCUCGUGGGUCAAAGGAAGAACAAGCUAUUGCCUGGGCAACUGGCAAAAAGAUGUCAUCCAGCGCCAACCUGGCUAGCCCCGGUUCAGCUAGCAUGGAACCCGGAACGCCGAUUCAUGCGGACAGCCACUCGAUCCACUCCUCGUAUUCGACGCAAUUGACCCUGAGCAAGACUGGAUCUUUGUUCCCUGAGGAACAACAAGCGACCAGCACACGCGGGGGAUGGCUCGAUCCAAAACAUGCUCUGAUUAUUCGCCCUGCCGUACUCAUGCGGAGACGGUGUCGAGGUGAUGAGACUGGUUCCUCUACACCGUAUCGUAUUCAGGAGGAGUUCACGUUACGCGACCGCGGAGGCGGAUGGACUAUCAGUAAGCGAGACGUCGCACAUUUCAUCGUUGCCAAAGCGUUGGAUGACUGGGCUGCCUGGGGCGGCCGCAAAGUGCGCAUCGCUUAUUGA